AAGCGCUUUUGAGGGGCGGAGCCCUGGUGAGAGCGAGGCUGGGAAUCCCAGAAUACCAGGCUUGAGCAGGCUGGCGGGUGUGGGCUCAGCUGUUCUUCCCUCAGUGUAUAAGUAGGAAGCGAUGCGCAGGGCUGGAAGAUGGCUGAGCUACAGAUGUUACUAGAGGAGGAGAUUCCCGCCGGGAAGAAAGCUCUGAUCGAGAGUUACCACAACCUGACCCGGGUAGCCGACUACUGCGAGUCCAACUAUAUCCAGGCUCCAGAUAAGAGGAAAGCAUUAGAAGAAACAAAGGCGUACACAACUCAGUCUCUGGCAAGUGUUGCCUAUCAGAUAAAUGCACUGGCCAACAAUGUGCUCCAGCUAUUGGAUAUUCAGGCCUCCCAGCUGCGGAGAAUGGAGUCCUCCAUCAACCAUAUCUCCCAGACUGUGGAUAUUCAUAAAGAAAAGGUGGCUCGCAGAGAGAUUGGUAUCUUAACCACCAAUAAGAACACGGCAAGGAGUCACAAAAUCAUUGCUCCCGCUAACAUAGAGCGCCCCGUCAGGUACAUUCGAAAACCCGUAGACUACACGGUGCUGGAUGACGUAGGCCAUGGAGUAAAGUGGCUAAAAGCCAAGCAUGGAGGCAAUCAGGCCGCAAGAACAGGCACUUUGACUAGGACCAAUCCUCCCACGCAGAAGCCUCCCAGCCCCCCAAUGCCUAGCCGAGGAACUUUGGGGCGAAACACCCCAUACAAAACCCUGGAACCUGUGAAGCCUCCGACUGUUCCGAAUGAUUACAUGACGAGCCCAGCUAGACUUGGCAGCCAACACAGUCCUGGAAGAACAGCAUCGCUCAACCAGAGACCGAGAACACACAGCGGUAGCAGUGGUGGAAGUGGCAGCAGAGAGAACAGUGGAAGCAGCAGUAUUGGGAUUCCCAUUGCUGUUCCCACACCGUCUCCCCCAACUAUUGGACAAGGUAUCUUUGGUGGGCCCCCUCCACCACCAGCACCUCCUCCACCUCCUCCACCAGCACAAGUGGGCACAGUCUCAGCACCGGGUUCCCAGUUUGGCUCAAUGACCAGGCAGAUAUCUCGGCACAACUCCACCACUUCCUCUGCUUCUUCGGGUGGCUACAGACGGACUCCUUCUGUGACUUCUCAGUUCUCUGGCCAACCUCAUGUCAACGGCGGGCCACUUUACUCUCAGAACUCAAUUUCUAUCGCUUCUCCCCCUCCCCCCAUGCCUCAAUUGACUCCACAGAUCCCUCUCACAGGCUUCGUGGCCAGGGUGCAGGAAAACAUUGCCGACAGUCCAACACCGCCACCACCUCCACCGCCUGAUGAGAUCCCCUUGUUUGAUGAUUCUCCUCCUCCACCUCCCCCGCCACCAGUUGACUAUGAAGAAGAAGAAGCUGCUGUUGUGCAGUACAAUGACCCCUACGCCGACGGAGACCCGAUUUGGGCACCCAAGACUUAUAUUGAAAAAGUGGUCGCCAUUUAUGACUAUUCAAAAGACAAAGAAGACGAGCUGUCGUUUAUGGAGGGAGCCAUCAUUUACGUUAUAAAGAAGAACGACGACGGCUGGUACGAAGGGGUCUCCAACGGAGUGACCGGCCUCUUCCCUGGCAAUUACGUCGAAUCAGUCAUGCACUAUGCAGAUUAAAACUCGCAUUUUAAAGGUUUUUUUUUUUUUAAUUAUCUGGUUCCUUGAGAGAACUGUCCGUUUCUUAUCAAGUCUCAAUCUGGUUUUAAAUCCAUUUUAAGAGGUAACGUCUAUGUAUGUUGAUCUAAGGCCGUGACUUCUAUUUAACCCAUUUGGUGCCAGGGCAUGGCUCUAUCAUCGAAAGGGUUUAGACCUUGAUUCAUAUGUGGUAUGGUAGAAUGUCUGACAUCCAUAAGCCUCAAGCAACCAAAUUGGUUUAGGGACCUACCAACAGCGACUCCAGUUGUCCAUGCUUCAGUAUUCCUCCUCCUGCAUUGUUGAUCCGAUGACCUAAAUACACCACAGGGGAAUGAGGGUGUCCGGUUGAAUUAAAGGGGACCUGUUGCCCUAAGAAAUAAUUCCAAAUUCUAUUUUAUGAUGUUAGUCAAGCAAAAUGAACUUCACUUAGACUAUAUAAAUUAUUUAAAUCUUGUUUCUGUUAGUCUUGGAAUUCACAAUCACGUCAAACAGGCAGCCGCCAUUCUGUGGACACGUAUUAAAGAGAUACUGACACCAAAAA